GAUAUCCGGUGGGAAGAGAAGGAGCGAGGAAGCGGAGGGGGAAGAAGAAGGUCUGGGGGGCCUGGCUAGGACGGGGCCAUCAUGGAAGAGCUUCCAGGAGGCCAAUGAAUUACAUGGGCCAGACAAUGAGAACCAAACUCUAGGGAUCUUAGACCCUUGCCAGGGGCAGUCUGCCUGGGGGAACCGGUGCCCUUUUGGAGAGUGCCAUGAAGGAGGUCUAUGGGGGACACAGAAUGACAUGGGAAGAGCAGCUGGGACUUAGAGCAGCUCCCAUGUCACUGAGUGCCUAUGUCUGCAGAGGGCAAGGGCCACACUGGGAUGUUAGCGUACUUGGACAGACCCUCCUUUCAGGGUAUGCUGCACCCACAGAGAGGCAACGGCUCCACCUCCAUAAAUCAGCAGCCCCGAGACUCUACCCCGCAGUUGUUGCUGCUUAGAAAUUAUGUUUAUUACAUGCCUAAAGACCAACCAAGAUGGGGCCUCGUCGUGCAAGAUUCGCUUCAUCCUCAUCCAGAACCGGGCUGGAAAGACGCGCCUGGCCAAGUGGUACAUGCAGUUCGAUGACGACGAGAAGCAGAAGCUCAUCGAGGAGGUGCACGCCGUGGUCACGGUGCGAGAUGCGAAACACACCAACUUCGUGGAGUUCCGGAAUUUUAAGAUCAUCUACCGCCGCUACGCGGGGCUGUACUUCUGCAUCUGCGUGGAUGUGAACGACAACAACCUGGCCUACCUGGAGGCCAUUCACAACUUCGUGGAGGUUUUGAAUGAAUAUUUCCACAAUGUCUGUGAACUCGACCUGGUCUUCAACUUCUACAAGGUGACUGCCCUCUACUAUGACCAUACACCUGCUUGUUCUUAUGCUUACAUGUAGCCUGCGAUGCAGCACUGGGACCGAGCCUAAAACACCACGGCUCUGGAGAGAUGCGGGCUGGCCCAUGUUUGAUCCCUGUGCUUACUAGUGCUGCCAGCUAGACCUGGAUCUUCAGCCACCAGAGGGAGCCCUUACUGUGUAUUCUAACCAUGUGUAAAAACCGUUGCUUUAUUCUCCCCUUCUGCUAUCGGUGGUUGCUGGGAUGAAACGAAGAGGGGGAAAGCACCGGAUGAUCAUCAAACAAAGUAGCCUGAGCAUAAAAUGGAUUAUUUACUUAUUAUUAGUCACACUGAGUACUGAGUGUCCUGAGAGCAGGACCCUUUAAGGCUGUGCAGUGUCCCAAGAUCUGAGUGUCCUAAGAUCGGGGCCCCGUCGGGCCGGGUGCUACCCAGGCACACAGUGACUGAGAUCAGGGCCCCGUCGUGCUGGGUGCUGCACAGACACACAGUGACUGAGAUCAGGGCCUUAUCGUGUCGGGCGCUGUCCGGAUGCACAGUGACUGAGAUCAGGGCCCUGUCACACCACGCACUACCCAGACCCAAUGUGACCGAGAUCAGAGCUCUGUCAUGCUGGGUGCUGCACAGACACACAGUGACUGAGAUCAGGGCCCUGUUGUGCCAGGCAGCUGCCCAGACACACAGUAGAAGACAGUUCCCAUCCCAAAGAGCUAACAGUCUAAAUAGACAAUAGGUGGGAGGAGAUACUGAGAUACAGAGAAGAAGGGGCUUGCCCAAGGUCAUUGGCAGAGCUGGGAACAGAAUCCAGGUGGUGCCUGGCAUACAGUGUCCCAGCAAUUGCCUCAUCAACAGAAGGGCUGGGAGCCCCUUUGCUUGGUCUAUGUAAAACUAGCUUAGGCAGUACAACGGAGAACAAUCGUGCACUGGCCUCCACCGAAGGAUGACAUGGCACUUAAUCAGCCCCCUUAUGUGCAAACCCCAUUCACAGCAAUCCUGUUGGCUCUGUCUCUCCUCUUUUUCCUGAGACCCCUGCCUCCUCUGCCCAGCAAAUGAACCCCAUCUUCCCUUUCCUCUUCAUCUCUCUUCUCAUGCCUGGUGCUCCCUCCAGCUCCCACAGUGCCAGCCCCCUGAAAGCUCUCAUGUUCCCCCGAGCCCACAUCUGCUGCCCUCCCAGCCCAGUCGAAUUCAUUCCUAUGUCAAGCACCUGUGGGCAAGGACCAUCGCGGCUCCUCGCUCUGGCCCAGACUGGUUUGAUCUUGCGUUCUGAUGAUUCCCUGGCUGCUUUGCAGCAUGCCCACCGGCGGAAGAUCAAGUGAGCUGUAGCUCACGAAAGCUUAUGCUCUAAUAAAUUUGUUAGUCUCUAAGGUGCCACAAGUACUCCUUUCCCCAUGCCCUAAGAGGGCUUUAGGGUCUCUGGAGGUCACAGAGCCAUGGAAACAGGUAUCACGUCUGUUCCCCUUUUAGUUCAGAGCCUGCUAGAGAAUCCCCCAGCCCAAAAGUGUCCCAGAAGAGAAACAGGCCUGAGUUAAGGGUCAGCCCUUACUAGGGUCAUGCCGCAUGUCUACACUACAAACUACAGCCACCUCAGUAAUUGCUGCAGUUUUUUAUGUCCACGCUACCCUCCUUCUGUCAGUGGUACGCAUCCUCACCAGGAGCGCUUGCACUGACUUAAGAGGGGCAGUGUGCGGGGCUGA